AUGACUGGACUCUACGCCCAUCUCAGCGCGUCAGACCUCGAGCAACUCCAGCGCGAUGCAGACAGCUCACUCCUGCACUACGGCACAUCCUUCCACCCAGACAUCAUCACCCGGGCCCAUGGCAAUUCCAUCUUCACCAGCUCAGGCCACACAAUGCUGGACUGGACAUCCGGGCAGAUGUCGACCCUCAUCAGCCACGGCAACCCCGAGAUCCGGCAUGCUGUCCCCGCCGGUGAUCAACCUGGGGAAGAAGCCAACCUGGGGAAGAAGCUUACCGGUCUACUGCCCGAGGGUCUCGACAAGGCGCUGUUCUUGUCCACCGGCGGGGAGAGCAACGAAUAUGCCAUCCGGCUUGCCAAGCUGUACACCGGCAAGCACGAGAUUGUCGGUCUCUCUUCAAGUUGGCACGGCAUUACUUCCGGCGCCAAUGGUGCGCACUAUCACAGUCGAAAUGCCGGGUAUGGACCGACGAUGCCGGGGAACUUGAUGAUCUCUUCACCCAACGCGUACCGCUCCAUAUUCCGCCAUGCCGAUGGCAGCCACGACUGGCAAACAGAGCUGGACUACGGCUUUAGCCUGGUCGAUCAACAGUCGUCUGGUUCUCUGGCCGCUAUCCUCGUCGAGCCCAUCCUUUCCUCGGGAGGCAUGCAUCCCCUGCCUCCAGGCUAUCUCAGGGCCUUGAAGCAGCACUGUGAGAAGAGGGACAUGCUCCUGAUAGUCGACGAGGCCCAGACUAGCAUCGGCAGGGCGGGCGACUUGUUCGCAUUCACCCACGAUGGCGACGGUGUCGUGCCGGAAAUUCUCACGCUCAGCAAGACGCUCGGCAACGGCCCGCCUCUCACGCGGUUUCUCUUCUACACUACCCACGUCAACGAUCCCAUCCCGGCAGCCGUAGGGGAGAAAGUUCUCGAUAUUGUCGUUCGCGACAACCUCGUGGAGCACGCACGGUCGCUGGGGCUUAAGCUCCAGGCUGGGCUCCGCCGCCUGCAGUCGCGCUACGGGUGUAUCGGCGAUGUCCGCGGUCGGGGUCUCAUGGCUGGCGUCGAGAUCGUCGCCGGGCCGACCUCGAAGACGCCUGCGCCGGAGGUGGGUGCUAGGGUCGCCGGGAGGAUGUACGAGCUCGGCUUGUGGGCGCAGCUGGCUACCAUGGCCAGCUUUGGGGGUGUGUUUAGGAUAGCCCCGCCGCUGACCACGACGGAGGAGGAGCUUGAGAGAGGACUGGCCAUCAUGGAGGAGGCGCUGAGAGUGAGUGAGGGCACGCUGCCGUUGUAUUUGGACGAUGGGAUCGUAGAGAGCACGGCGGUCCGACCUGAGAGCGGACGGUGA